ACAAAGGUAAAGCAGUGAAUUUAAGAAUAGAACAUGCUCAUAAUUAUGCGAAUAGAAUCAAAUGCCUAAAACUUUCUUCAUUAUCAUUCAUUCAUACUACUCAAAGGUAGGAAACAUCAUAAUUUAGCAAAAGAAAGGGUUUAGAUCUAACAUGAUCACUGCUAUUGUAUAUUUGUACAUUCAAAGAGGUAGCAAAUGAUUGUUAUGAGAUAUAAGAACUCUGUGGAUAACCAUAGAGAAAUGGGGUUGAUAGUGUAUUCCAAUCAUCAACAAUACACAUUACUCUACCAUCAGCAGUUUCUUACACAGUGAUUUGUAUCUCUGGAAGUUGUUAAACGGUGGACAUUUUGUUUUGUACGAACGUUGUGGAUGAGUAUUUUUAGUCAAAUAAAGUUAUAUUUAAUUAAUUUGUUUAGUUGUAUCAUAAUGAUAACGAUUUUCCAUUUUAACCUUUUUUGUGAACUAUUUUCCUGUUACAGAGUUUGCAAACAUAAAUCAUAGUCAACCCCUAAUUUGCUCAACUUAGUAAGAAAUUGGAGUUUUUGUUUUUGAUUUGGUCGUGUUUCCGUUAUUUUCUGCAUGCCAAAGCUUAUUCUGAUUCUAACAACCAUAUUCACGUCACACUCUCCAAUCAUAAUGCCAAUCUCAUCACCCAAACAACCCUUCCUCGUAAUCAUCACAAUCACUAUCUUCUUCUUACAGAGCCCAGGUCCAGUCCCAAUCAUCGCUCGAGAUGCCCACGUCAUCAAUUUCCGAUCAUCGAAUCUCUACCCGGAAUCCCUCGCAUGGGAUCCCAUCAUGCAGCACUUCCUCCUCGGGUCCCUCCGACAACGGGUCAUAACCGCCGUCUCGGACUCCGGCAUUGUCGAAACCUACAUCUCCGACACGGACCUUCCCGAAGAUGUCUCCAUCCUCGGCCUUGCCGUCGAUACCCCGCGCAACCGCCUCCUCGCCGUCGUGCACUCGUACCCUCCCCUCCCUCCGUUCAACGCCCUCGCCGCCUACGACCUCCAGUCCCGCCGCCGCCUCUUCCUCAGUCCCCUCCCCUCCGAAGGCCUCGACGCCGCCAACGAUGUCGCUGUCGAUUACAGUGGCAACGCCUUUGUCACCAACUCCGGUGGAAACUUCAUCUGGAAGGUCACCGCCGACGGUUCCGCCUCGAUCUUCUCCAGAUCGCCGAAGUACUUGGAGGAGACAAACAAUCCGGCGGACGACGACGGCUCACGUCAUGAUUACCUAGGGUUGAACGGAAUCGCUUACGUGAACAAGGGUUACCUCUUAGUGGUGCAAUCGAGCACCGGGAAGGUUUUCAAGGUGGACGCGGAAGACGGGACGGCGAGGAAGGUGUUGGUAAAAGAGGAGCUGGUGGGCGCUGAAGACAUCGCGGUGAGGAGUGACGGGGUGGCGGCAGUGGUGGCACCGAUGAAGAAGCUGUGGUUGUUGAAGAGCAUGGAUAGUUGGUCGGAGGGAGCGGUGUUCGACAAGGUGGAGGUGAAUGUGCGGCGGUUUCCGACGUCGGUGGUGGUGGGACAUAAAGACAGGGUGUAUGUGUUGUACGGACACGUGGAUGAAGGGAAGAUGGGGGAUUCGGGAAGAGAGAGUUUUGGGAUUGCUGAGUUGCGAUCCAAGGGUGAAGACGAGAGUGUUUGGAUCUUCGUGCUUAUUGGUUUGGGCUGCGUUUAUUUUUUCUUUUGGAAGUACCAAAUGGCUCGCCUUGUCAGGAAGAUGACCAAGGUCAAUUGACUCUCACCUCUUCUUAAUUGCCUCAUUGCACUUUUCAAAUUUCAUUUUUCCAAACACUUUCUUAUGUCUGUUCUUCAAUUCAACCCCACGUUUUGUGUAUAACAAAAUUGUUGUUAUUGUUUUUUCUCCACAGAUAAAAUCAAAUGUAAAUCUAACAAGAUUUGAAAGUACACAUGAUCACCCAAUACCAAAUCCCUUUAUUUUUUUUCAAUUCUCUA